AUGAUUACCCAUGCUAGUAGUUACGAAUUGCUUAAAAACCUCAAGGUAUUAGACGAGCCAUUAUUACAAUUACAUAGAGAUGAUCAGUUACAACUUCUUCGUAAAGAUAUUCAAGCUCAUAUUACUAAGGCUUAUGAGAUUAACAAGAACCAAUAUAAUUUAAGAGCUCGGCCCAUCUCAUAUAAUGUAGGUCAAUUUGUGUUUCGUAGAAACUUUGCUCAAAGCAAUUUUGAGAAAAAAUUUAAUGCGAAAUUAGCUCCAUCCUUUCUUAAGGCAAAAAUAAAAGAGAAGGUAGGAAAUAAUUACUAUAUUCUGGAAGACACUGAACGAAAAGUUAUUGGCACAUAUCAUGCUAAAGAUUUAAGACCUUAA